AUGGUCACCAUGAGUGCAGAGUGCGCGAAUCCUCUACUACUAGGAUGGAUCAAAGAAUGGCUGGACCAGGCGCGAGAGCGCAACAGCAAGGGCGUAACAGUAUACAAGAAAGCCUAUGAAUCAAUGAAAGCAUGUCCAUUGACAUUUGAGCAUCCAUCGCAAGCGCAGCAGCUGAAUGGAUUGGGACCCAAGUUAUGUGAACGACUGACGGAGAAAUUAAAGGCUCACUGCGAAGAAAAUGGACUCCCGAUGCCCCAAGUUCCCGGUCAAGGCGCCAGCAAGAGAACAUCAGAUACUGGCAUUGCCGAACAGCCAGCCAAGAAACCGCGGAAGGCGCGGCCCUAUGUGCCAGCGCUACGGUCAGGCCCGUAUGCAAUUUUGCUUGGCCUCGCGACCCAAGAUGAAAAUGCCAGUCAAGGCAUGACCAAAGCUCAGUUGAUCGAAGUCGCGCAACCUUAUUGUGACAGCUCUUUUACAGCACCCCCUGAUCCUUCCAAGUACUUUACAGCUUGGAGUUCCAUGAGAACGUUGAUUCAAAAGGAUCUGGUUUACGAGCAUGGCCGCCCCGUCAGGAAGUAUGCGCUCUCUGAAGAAGGAUGGGAGGUUGCCAAACGGAUUCAGAAGACUGUGACAGGUCCAUCAAAUGCCUCUGCCGAUAGCGAUUCUCAGACUCAACUUUUUCCAACCCCUGCUGCCGCGGGCAACGUCACGCCUGAUCUCGAUACAUUUGGUGAUGCGAUUAUAGACAGGCCUCCCACCACUUUCCAAAACGCUCUGGUGGACGGACACCGGGAGCCCAUAUUCCUUCCCCCCGGCAGUUUCACGGUUGAAUUAGUACUGGACAAUCGCGAAGUGCGUAGCUCCAAGGACCGAGAUUACAUUGCCAACGAGCUCAUGAAAAAGGGCGUCACACCCCAGGUCCGGGCCCUUGAGCUCGGCGAUGCAAUGUGGGUCGCCAAAUGCCGAGAUCCGUCAUACCUCGCUCGGUUCGGCGAAGAAGGCGACGAAGUCAUGCUGGACUGGAUCCUCGAAAGAAAGCGACUUGACGAUCUCGUGCAGUCAAUCAAAGACGGGCGAUUCAAAGAGCAGAAGUUCCGUCUCAAACGGUCUGGGAUCAAGAACGUCAUCUACCUUGUCGAAGAGUUUGCUGUCGCUCACGCCGAAGCUACGUCGGGAAAUGGAUUCAAAUACCAGGAGUCGACUGCCUCCGCAAUGGCCUCCACCCAGGUCGUUGACGGGUACUUCCUCAAGAAAACCAAACAACUCGAUGACUCCAUUAGGUAUCUAGCCCGCAUGACUCGGCUUCUCACGAAGAUGUACGGCGCCUACGACUCAUCACAGGAUCAAAACCAUGCAAGCCAAAGACCCACGACUACAACAACAAACUCGGUUGCCUUGAUCCCCAGCCGUUGUCUGUCUUCCGCCAAGGCAUACCUCCCUUUGCUCGACGAGUUGCGAGCCAAAGACCCGUCCGUGACAUAUGGAGUCACUUUUCCAACGUUCUCCGCUUUGACUUCCAAAUCAGACGUCUUGUCUCUGAGAGAUAUUUUCCUCAAAAUGCUGAUGUGUAUCCGAGGCAUCACGGGCGAACGAGCUUUGGAGAUUCAACGACGAUGGCCAACGCCGCGACAGCUCGUGGAAGCGUACAAGACGCUGGAGCCCACUGAACGGGAGGCCCUCCUGGCGAAGGAGCUUCAUUCUGUCGUGAGGAGGAAAGACUUUGGCAAAGCACUCAGUAAGAAAGUUGCCGAGAUUUGGGGGGAGACAGGGUGA